AGUUACGUUCUCGGCACAGACCACGGCGAUACAGUCUGACGAGUUUGGCCGCUUCUGCGUCAUCAAUCUGCGCCCGCCGCGGAGGGAGACUUUCUGAGCGGAGAUGGCACCGUCACCCACGAAGAGGAAGGACCGCUCCGAGGACAAGGCCAAAGACCGAGGCAAGGAGAAGGUGGGAGCGAAGGAGGCGGCGGACAAGGACCGCGGCAGGGAGAAGGCCCGCAAGCGCCGCAGCGCCUCCACGGGCAGCAGCAGCAGCAGGUCUCGCUCCAGCUCCAGCUCCAGCUCCAGCUCCGGGUCCAGCUCGGGCUCGUCCAGCGGCUCCAGCUCGUCCUCGGCGUCCAGCCGCUCCGGCUCCUCCUCCUCGUCCCGCAGCUCGAGCAGCAGCAGCUCCUCCGGCUCGCCCAGCCCGGGCCGCCGCCGCCACGACAACCGCCGGCGCUCCCGCUCCAAGUCUAAGUCCCCUAAAAGAGAGGAGAGGAAGAGGAGGAGUCCCAGUCCCAGACCCACCAAGGUUCACCUUGGUCGGCUCACCAGGAACGUCACCAAGGAUCACAUUAUGGAGAUUUUCUCCACCUAUGGGAAGAUCAAGAUGAUAGACAUGCCUGUGGACAGGCUGCACCCACACCUCUCCAAGGGCUACGCCUACGUGGAGUUUGAGAGUGCAGAUGAAGCAGAAAAGGCCCUCAGACACAUGGAUGGAGGUCAGAUUGAUGGCCAGGAGAUCACGGCGACUGCGGUGCUGGCCCCCCGCCUGCGGCCAGCUCCUCGCAGGAUGACCCCCCCUCGCCGGAUGCCGCCCCCGCCCCCUGUGUGGCGCCGCACUCCGCCCCGCAUGAGGAGGAGGUCUCGCUCGCCGCGCCGCAGAUCGCCGGUCCGCCGCAGGUCCCGGUCCAGAUCGCCCGGCCGCCGGCGUCACCGGAGCCGAUCCAGCUCCAACUCCUCGCGGUAGACCGCACGCCCCGGCGCCCCCGCCCCCUCGCCCCGCCGCUGGCACCUUCCGGGGAGCACUGGGCCGUCGACCAGCUGAGUGAGAAUCCUGCAGGCUCCUUUGCCCCAAAAGGGGUUAUCGGUACACCGAAGAGCAGUCCUAGGCCACCCAGUCUGCUCCACAUUCUCCUAUUCCAAAGCCUUUUUUAUUUGCAAAUAAAAAACUGGCAUUGGGACUCUCAAAGAAUCUUGGAGGCAAAAGCGCCUGUUUUAUUGCUCUUUGUCAGCUUUUAUUAAUUUUGGUCUCCCUCGCUGUUCUCCUACAAUUUUUUUUUUUAAUUGACAGGUUCUAGGCUUCUCCAAAUUGUGAAUUUUAAGAUCUUAUUUUCCCCACGUUUUUCUAAGCAAUUUGUACCACAGGACUGCUGAAAUUGACCUCCCAUUUGCAUGAUGUGUAUAUUUCUACGUUAUUGCAAGUUACCAUUUUUUUAUGUUUUUACCCCCACGGAGCUUAAAUUUCUGACUUUUCGUUAUAGAAUUUUUUAAAGUAUUUCCUGUUGCUUUGAGAAAUUGUCAAUCUUAAAUGAAUGUGAUCUACAUUUUGUUAAUAAAACAGGAUUUUUCUGCAUUUCAUAAAUUGUUAAUGUACCACAGGAGCUGUAUGUACAAAACAUGUCUGUUGAUCUUCCUUUUUGCUGUACCAGGGUUAGGUAGAAAAAGCAGUUUGAAGUAAUAAAACAUUUCCAAUUUCCCAUUA